AUGCCCAUGCCCGAGGCCGCCGAUCCGAUCGGCGCCGCAGCUGUUGGGUUCCCUGCUAAGAAGAUGGAAAGCUUUGUGGAAGCUCCUCUGUCCGAACGAGGGCUGGAGAUAGCCAAGAGUCGAGAAGAGCUUCUGCGCCUCCUGCACGAUCUCCCGGAAUCCGAGUUCGAGCUCUCCCUCACCGAUCUUGUGGAGAAAGGAACGGGGGUUGCCGGUGAUCCCGUGGCGAACAAGGCCGCGUCUUUGCUUGAAGGGCAGCUGAAUCGGGCCAAUGUCGUCAGUAAAGAGAGGAGGAGGAGGAAGAAGAAGAAGCGAAGCAGCAGCAGCAGGAGUAGCUUCGGAAGCAGCAGCGACGGCGUGUUGCUCAACUUCUACGUGCCGGCCUCCUUGUCGCGAAGCCUAACCACGCCGAGGUCGAGCCGCCGGCCUGCCGCCGCCGCAGCAACGACGGACUGGCGACGACAAGAGGACAGAGAGAUGAAGACUUUAGGGUGCUGGUCGGGCCUGUGGCAGAGGGGGAGGGGGAAAUGAAGGGGACACUUAGGUAUCUUGUGUCGUUCAUCUUUUCUGAAGCAGCUAAGCAACGUCUUCUUCGUUGUCA